AUGAAACUAACCCACCAUGUCUUUUCUAUCUACACCUCCGGCGAGGGGAAAGGAAAAAGGGAAACACAUCGCAAACCCCCGCCGGCUCUUGAUACUAGCUCCGAGCACAGAAUCUCAAACUAUCAUCCCGCCUUUUCUCCUCCGCUUGACAGGCCAUUCCGCCAUCCCUCCCACGCCACAAACGCACUCGAAACAGCCAAGUUAGCAAUCCCCUACAGUGAUGCGACAAUUGAUACCUCCUGCGUUACAUCUACUACCCCACCUCCGGCAUCGUUUGCAGGAUAUACAACACACGCCCCGUUACAAAUAAAUACAAAAUACUAUAGCACAGAGAUACCCAUAUGGGUCGAUGAAGUUCCAUCUAUUUCGAUAGCCGAAUCGUCAACGAAGCCGGCUUUACCUGCCGGGCAUGAAGAUAAUGCUGGCAGCCCUGACAUAUGGAGGAACGAGUUCCUUAGUGCCGAAGCUCGUGAGGUUAGAGAUGCCAUCGGGGCGAUAAUCGUGUGUGUCCAGAGGCCAAAGCCGCCUGACCCGGCGUUGCGUGAGGAUAAAGUAGUUGAUGGAAGCGAGAAUAAAUACAGCACUGUUUUUCAGAAUGCGGUAGACAGGGUUAAAGAAAUUACUCGUGCAGUGGGAGAGGUGAAGGCAUUGGCAGAGGAAGAGAGAGGAGAGAUAGGCGAUGUUCCCGGAUUGAUCAUGUUGAUUGGAGAGGAUGGUGAACGAAAACCCUCUACUGCAAGUGAAGAUGAGGAUAGCCAUACUUGUGCUAUAGAGUAUGGGGCUAUGUGGUGGGAUGAAGAACUCAGUGAUCUGGGGACUGGCUCUGGAAUUGAAGUAGUAUGCUGGGAUCCAAAGGAAGGCAAGGAAGCAUCCUCGGCUAAGAAUGAAUAUGGAGAGCUUAUGGGUAUGGCAAGAGUGCUGGAAGUACUAGAGACCCAUCAAUGGUCAUCUUCAACCACUGAUGAUCUAGAUGAUGAGUUGGAGUCGAUGAACCUUCAGGAGAAUGAGGAAGGCCUGCCUGGAUUUUCACUAGAGGCACAUGAGCUCGAAAAGGAGAUGGCUAGUCUUCGGCUUGCUAUCAACAGCAACGCUAAUGACGAGGACGCGGAUGAAGAAUUUGAAAACAUGGGCGAUGAUGACCUCGAAGUUGAACAACUCGAAGGGCUCAUGCUGAGAGUGCAGGCCAUAAAAGACAUGGGCACAGAUUUAUCUGAGCAGGAAAGAAAGAAAUUUGCUGCAAAGGCUAUCAGGGACCUUAUGAAGGAUAUAUGA